UAAACAUCAGGGAAAUGAGCUGAGCCUUUAUAGAAAGUGAAACUUACUGACAUUCACUGUCGUCUAGAGGAGAAAUGGCGCAGCAAGUGUUUUUAGAUCGAGAAAACCUGAGCUGUUCAAUCUGUCUGGAUCUACUGAAGGAUCCGGUGACUAUUCCCUGUGGACACAGCUACUGCAUGAGCUGUAUUAAAGACUGCUGGGAUGAGGAGAAUGAGAAGAAGAAAGCACACAGCUGCCCUCAGUGCAGGCAGAGCUUCACACUGAGGCCUGACCUGGUGAAAAACACCAUGUUAGCAGAGUUAGUGGAGAAACUGAAGAAAGUUGGACUUCAUGCUGUUUCACCUGAUCAGUCCUUUGCAGGACCUGAAGACGUGGCCUGUGAUUUCUGCUCUGGGAUAAAGGUAAAAGCCUUCAAGUCCUGUCUGGUGUGUAUGGCCUCUUACUGUGAGCAACACCUGCAGCCUCACUACAAUGUAGCUCCGUUAAAGAAACACAAGCUGGUUGAAGCCACUUCAGAGCUGGAGGAGAACAUCUGCUCUCACCACGACGAGGUGAUGAAGAUCUUCUGCCGCACUGAUCAGCAGUGUAUCUGUUAUCUCUGCCUCAUGGAUGAUCAUAAAGGCCAUGACACAGUCUCAGCUGCAGCAGAGAGGGCUGAGAGGCAGACGGAGCUCGGGGUGAGUCGCCAAAGAAUCCAACAGAGAGUCCAGGACAGAGAAAAAGAUGUCAAGGUGCUUCAGCAGAGGGUGGAGGCUAUCAAUCUCUCUGCUGAUGAAGCUGUGAAGGACAGUGAGAAGAUCUUCACUGAUUUGAUCCGUCUCAUUGAGAAAAGGAGCUCUGAGGUGAAGCAGCAGAUCAGAUCCCAGCAGAAAACUCAAGUGAGUCGAGCUAAAAAACUUGAGGAGAAGCUGCAGCAGGAGAUCACUGAGCUGCAGAGGAAAGACACUGAGCUGGAGAAGCUCUCACGCACAGAGGAUCACCUGCAUUUCCUAAACAACUACCCCUCACUGUCACGUCUGAGAAAGUCUAAAGACUUACCCAGCAUGGUUAAGUCUCUGCGCUCUUUUAAGGAUGUGACAGCAGCGGUGUCAAAGGCCAGAGAUAAACUGCAGGCUGUUCUGAGUGAGGAGUGGACAAAGAUCUCACUGGCAGUGACUGAAGAGGAUGUUUUACUGCCUCAAGCAGAGCCCAGAACCAGAGCUGAAUUUAUGAAAUAUUCACAUCAAAUCACACUGGAUCCAAAUACAGCACACACACUUUUGUCACUGAGUGACAGUAACAGAAAAGCAACAUUAACAGCAGGACGCAAGUUUGAUUCGGUUAGAUUUCUUGAAAGUUGGCAGGUCCUGAGUAGAGAGGGUCUGACUGGACGUUGUUACUGGGAGGUGAAGUGGAGCGGGAGAGUUUUCAUAACAGUUGCAUACAAGGAUAUUAGCAGAACAGGGACUGUGUAUGAAUGUGGAUUUGGAUAUAAUGACAAAUCCUGGUCAUUAGAAUGUAACAGUGAUAGUUAUGAAUUCAGGCAUAACAACAUUGUUACUUCCAUCUCAGGCCCUCAGUCCUCCACAAUAGGAGUGUAUCUGGAUCACAGGGCAGGUACUCUGUCUUACUACAGCGUCUCUGAAACCAUGACUCUCCUCCACAGAGUCCAGACCACGUUCACUCAGCCUCUCUAUGCUGGAUUUUGGCUUCCAUAUACUGCUGGAAGCACAGCUGAGUUGUGUGAGCUCAAGUAGACAGGAGUUUAAAGAGUGAGUGAUCUGUGUUGCUGUAUGGUAAAUGUUAAGGUGUGUCUGCAGUGCAGAGAUCAAACAUAGUGGGUGAGACUGUGAUGUGUCAAUUCAAUGAAAUGGUGAAAUGAAAAAGAAAUCUUUUAUGCUACAUAUAGGGAUAUAUAGGGAUUAAAACUAUCUCUUUUAUUGAUAUGUUAUUCUUAAUAUGCUUGUAUGUUGUAUUUCGUUAUGUACUGUGCUUGGAAAAUUCUGCAUAUGCAAAAUGUCUGAUAAAAUCUAUUUUUUGUGUAUGGUUAAGUCUAUUUGGAUUUGGGUUUAUGAGCAUGCCGAAUGAAUGUGAUAUAAAGUUUAAUUUAUUUAUUUAGUUUCUUUUACUUGUACCAUGUCUUCAUUAUUGCAAUUUGUAAAAUGUAAUGUUUAUUUUUUGUCUACACGGCCUACUGCCGUCUAUGCUGCAUACUGUGCUGCUGUUGUACUGAUGUUAUACAAUCACAUUACCCUUUUAUUUCUUUUUAAAAUGCAGCAAAAAAGUUCUAGUACCAGAAAACUGGUAAAAUUUUAAAAACAUAACCCUCUGACAAUUAGCUUGCUUAUUAUCUUAUUAAUAGGGAAUGCAAGUGUCUUUACAUUGUAACAGUUUAAAGGAAACAUAGUCAUGAUUUUGCAAACUCACAUUAGGAAGAACAUGAAGAACUUGAAUGUAACCUUGUGAAAGUCUUUUGCUAAUCAUUUUUGAAAGAGUGCAUGACAACUAUGAAAAGAAUAAGUGAAUGUUAAA